AGCAGAGUGCUAAAAUCAUGGCAGCUCGUAAACCAUUAGAUGAUCCAGUUGAGGCUUUAUUGUGUUCAGUUUGUCGGGAUUCCUUUAAAGAGACUGUAAUGCUCGAAUGUGGACAUAGUUUUUGUAACUCCUGCAUAGAUAAAACCUGUCCUAAAUGCGUAGAGGCAUUCCCAUCUAAAAUGUACACAGCCAACAGGCAGUUAUGCAAAGCUGGAGGGAGUAGUCUGAGGUCAUGUCAGUAUGAGAAAGAAGAAAUACCAAACCAGGAGCAAAAAAGUUUACUACCUGCUUGGGUCGCACGAGUGCAGAGAGCACAAAGAGGCAUUUAAAGUGUUCUGUCAAGAUGAUGGAUGUCCUGUAUGUGUCAUCUGUAUGAUAUCAUCUACACAUAAAGGGCACACGUUCCUACCCAUACUGGAAGCAGUCAGCGUGUUUCAGGACAAGCUGAAAAAUACUGUAUCUUCACUAGAAGUGAAAAUGAAACAUCUCAAAGAGUAUCAAAGCAAGCAGGAACAGAACAUCUCUGGUAUCAAGGAUGAAGCCCAGAACCUGGAACAACACAUUACGUCAGAAUUUGCUAAGCUGCGACAGUUUCUCCAGGACAAGGAACAAAAGCUGGUCCAACAGCUCAAAGUGGAAGCUGCAGGAAUUCUGGAAAAGAUGACAGAAAACUUAGACAAUAUUGAAGAAAUGAGCAAGGCUAUUCAGAAGGAUAAAUCCAACAUUGAAUCAACAUUGCAGCAGAAAGACCCUGUGCUUUUUCUCAAAGUAAGAAAUUGUUUGCGUUCUGUUCAUAAUUAA